CGCCGCUUUCACCCACGCGCUCUCGAUUCGAAUGUUGUUGUCACUUUGGUGGCCUGCUGGGUACCUUGCCGUCAUCUCUUCAACUAAUAUUUGCUUCCCAAACGAGGGACUAGGAUUUGAUAUCGCCGAAGAGACAUGAAAGUAUGAGUGUGGCACAGAUUCAGCCAGAGGACAGCGAUGGGUGCAUACAAAAGCAGCUGUGGCGGCUGCGUCAUGAGGACCCCACACAGUACCACACUCUGGUCAAGAUGCAUCUGUCUUUUGCCACCGACCUGCCAACAGACGAGUGUGACAGGCGCAUCAGUGAGACCACUACAAGCCGGCGGUGGCAGCUGACACCCCUUAUUAAGAAGCUGAGUCGGGCAGCAGUGUCCAGCAAGGGUGUGAUGGAAGGCGCUCCUCUCACACAGGAGGGUGUUUGUCAGGUGUUCCAAGUGAUACACUACCUUAACAAAGAGAACAACAUCACUCAGGAAGGUUUGUUUCGUAAGAAUGGAAGCCUCAGCAGACAGCAGGAACUGAAAAACUUACUCAACUCUGGAGCAGAUCUCAACCUGGACUGUGGGGCAUACUCCCCACAUGACUGUGCCUCUGUUCUGAAGAGCUUCCUGGCGGACCUCCCAGAACCACUUCUCACUGAGGCUCACUACCCAAUCCACUGUAGAAUAGCAGAGAUGCUGCAGUCCCACAUGAGCCACACCCAGAAGGCAGCUGUUCACACCCGCCAGAUCAAGGCCCUGCGUCUCCUCUUCCUGUUGCUUCCACCAGAGAACUACCAGUUGCUUCAUGAUCUCCUUAUCUUGCUUCACAGGGUGGCUUCUCAUCAGAAACAGAAUCUCAUGUCAGCCAUCAACUUAGGCACUAUGUUUGCUCCUCACAUCCUUUGUCCUCGUAAGAUGACUCCCAAUGACUUGCAGUACCUCUCGGGCCCGUUGAGCAUAGCUGUGGCCUUCAUGAUUGAACAAGUGCCACAUCUCUUUCAGAUUCCUCUCGAGUUGGAAUAUGACGUCAGACAGUAUUGGAGUAACAAAAAGAAAAUGCAUCAUCAGUUAUCUAAACGAUCACUGAUGGACGCCCCAGCCAACACAAUAUUCACCUUCAUUGACCGGGAACUGACUGCACAGGCCAAUGACAAGGAUGUGACGGAAGUGGCUCUGGCAGAGUUAUAUGCAUAUGUGCAGGCCUUGCCAGACUCUGCCAAGAAGAGGAAGCUGAUUAAGCAAUUCAACACAGCCAGUGGUCUUGGCACUCCACAGCUCAACCAGAGUGUGAACAAGAAGCAGGAGGCUCGUGGCAGGAGGCUGGGGGAGUCAAUCAAGAAACAUCUUUUCCACAAGACAGUGAAACCCUCCAAGCUAAAAUGCCAACCUUUCUCUUCUCUUGACUACACUAAAGUCAAACGUACCAACAGUGAAGAUUUACUAACUAGUUCCUCCGCCAGAUCGCCUGAGCUACGAUUGUUCCGCCAUAACCCAGAGCUCAGCUUCCCUUGCCGAAUGAAAGCCAAAUCUCUCGAGGAUUUGUCUUCAUCUUUCAACAGCCAUCUUUUCAUUUCUUCCUCCACCACCACUGACUCAUUUAUUUCAACUAUUGCUCAUCCGGCAUUCCAUCCCAACUCCUCCUGUCUUGGAGGCACAAAACAAACCUCUGGUCCAUCAGCUAAGCACAGAGACCAUCAGGUUCAGAUGAACACUGCCUAUUGUUCUUGCUCCAUUAAUGGUCCACUGUCCCCUUUUUCCACUCCUGCUUCUUGUCUAAAUUCAACUUGUGAAAUAGUAGAUGGAGGAGUAUGUUCCCCAUAUCAGUCCUUCAAGACCCCACCAGCAGAAUGUCCCAAGACUCCAAAUCUCCCACCUGUAUUGGAUGCUAGCAAAGAAAGUGCUCCCCCUUGGAAUGCUAGUCUGGCAUCAACACCAGUCACUCCCACACUGGAGGUGCACUCUCCAAUCUCUCAGGCUGUGAUGAAGGCCAGCAUUCCCCAGAGAGUAAUAAUGACCCCUAGGAGCCGCUGUCCGAUAAUCAUAAACUCUUCAUCAAGCUUAUCAAAUGUGACCAUCCCCGAGGAGAACUCCCAGACACCAGUUUUACAAAGCAUCAGGCAUCAGUUGACUACUCCCGAGGACAUACAUACUUCGCCCAUCAUCACCAAUCCAACCGCACUUCUCACUUCUCCCAAAACACUACCGACUCAGAUAGAUUCAGCCAUAAAGAGCAAUUCCUCCCAAGACUGCUUUGCAAAACUCUCAGAUGCUGAUUCUGAAGAUGAAAACAGUAACAAGGUUAAAGAGGAAUCUCACAUGGUGGGUGGAGAGACAAAGGGAAGCCGCUGGAGUUCUUCAUCUCUUCGACGCACUCUAAGCUCUGCCAAUUCCACAACCUCUCUCUUUGGUAGCUUCUUCCGCCACUUAAGCACCACUUCUCUCGCUCAGUUGGCAACAAAGCUCAGUUCAACAACGUCCCUUCACAGACCUGAAGAUGAGGAGAAAGAAGAGUCAGAGGAAGAGUGUGAAGAGAAUGAUGACUUAAAUGAGUCUCUCUCCAGUGUCUUCAAAGGUUAUCUUCUCAGCCGCAGCAUCCUUACUGAUAGUCCAGUUGACUUGUCUGUAGUUUAUGUGGAUGAUGAAGGCAAUGAAGAUAAUGAUUCUAAGGAGAAGAGCCCCUUUGGAAGUAAAAAUAACAGUGAAAAUGAUGAUGAUUCUGCAUAUGAGAGCUCUCAGCCACCAAGCAAGACCACCUCACGACAGUGUUCCAAGGCAUCUCUUUCCUCCCUGGACUCUGCCCAUGACUUGUAUUCUAGUUCAGAAUUGUCAGAAUCACUUUUACAUUGUUUAGAUGGUCAUGAUCCCUCUCAGGCAGAAGAGAAGAAUGGUGACAGCAGAACACAAUCAUGUAAUACAAAACCAAAGCAUCACAGUGUUUGUAGUGAUAGUGAACAAUCUUCAGGGCUUUAUUCAUGCUCCCCAGAUGGUCGCAGUCAGUCUAUACUCAAGACAAAGCAAGGAACGCCCGUGCCACAGCGGGAGUCCAGUCAUACUGGGGCUUGUCCCGGUGCACACGGUGUCAUCUUUGAGACAUCCCUGUGAGAUCAUGAGAAAUUUUGUUAGAGGUUUUUAGAGCUUAGCAGUUAAUGGACGACUUUGUUACAAAAGACUUCUAGUUGUUAUCAAACUCUGUUGGAAUUCUGACCAAAUACUGUUUUAGUUAUACUUUUUUAUUCAAAUGUACAAUAACCACACACAACUAAGUGUGUGAAUGUGUGUGUGUGUGGUGCUUUGUCUGGGCCACCUCAUGUUUGGGAUUGCCAGCCUGGAAUACAAAUAGACUUUUUUUUAAUACAAUAGCCACAUCUGUACAUAAACAUGCAAGAAAAAUUGAUGCACAUGAAAAUGUGUUCAGAUUUAGUCUGAACCACCUCACCACCACCACCUCACUGGCAGGAGAGUCACUGAACACAGGAUAGCCAGCCAGCAUGGUGCCCUACCCAGCCCAUGUGCUCUGCCCCACUCCUCCCCAGCCAAGAUAUUCCUUGUGGCUUUUGUAUUGAUAAAAGUAAGGUUUUAUAUACAUUUAUAAGGCAUGGAAUACAUAAAUGGAAUCUUUUAUUGAGAAA